AUGCACAUGGCGGGCAGCUUUUGUCAUCAGCGGGAUACUACUCCCACCGCCAACUUGAGUCAUCACACCGCCUCCCAAAAUCAAGCACGUGCUUGCCCUGCCGGUUCCUGGAAUCUGUUUUAUGAUGUCGACAACGGCUAUCGGUUGCGAAGCGUGGACAACCUGUUCGUGUUUUUGAUGACGUUCGACUACUUCCAAGUGCCGUUGGAGCACCAAGGCCGAGUUUUAACUUGGGGCAUCGUUGGGGCCAUCCUGAUGAGAGGCGUGAUGAUAGCGUUCGGCGUGGCGGCGGUGAAGAGGUUUCAGUGGAUCACGGUCGUGUUUGCCGCGAUUCUGCUGGUAUCGUCGUACAAGCUCCUCGUCGAAAGCGAGGAAGAAGACCACGACCUCAGCCAAAACACGCUCGUCAGGAUGUCGAGGAGGCUCGUCGGGGCUGUCGACGAGUACGACGGUGAUCGGUUCUUCACCCGCCUUGGGGGCAAGGGGAAGACGGUUGCCACUCCCCUCCUGCUUUGCUUGGUGUGCAUCGAGCUUUCGGACUUCGUGUUUGCGGUGGACUCGAUUCCAGCGGUGCUCGGGAUUUCGCAGGCGAGGCACAUCGAUCUUCUCCCAGCUAAUUUUUCGUGGCAGAUGUGGCUAAGAAUGUCACACAAUACCCCAUCUAGAGACCCUUUCGUCGUAUUCACGAGCAAUUUAUUCGCAAUUAUGGGGCUGCGGAGCAUCUACGUGAUCAUCGCCCAGGCGGUGAGCCAACUGCCGUACCUCAAGCCCGCUGUGGCGCUCGUGCUAGGGUUCGUAGGCUGCAAGAUGUUGCUAGAGUACGUGCACAUCAACAUCAGCACCGGCUGGAGCCUGUUUGUGGUGCUGUCGCUCAUCCUUGGCGGGGUGGGGCUCAGCUUGUUAGCGCGGCGAUGUCGCAGGGCGCCGGUGGUGCGACAUAAGCGGCGAAAAAGUGGAGAUGCGCCGCCGUUGCCGGCUCGCAACGGCGACGGGGAGGGGGUGGCAGGAGACUUCUCGGGGUUCGUGUAGCGCACUGUUUUGAAAAAAUACGGACACCUGGUGUCCGCAAGACUUGUUGUUUGUGCCGGUGAUGGUGCUAGUGUUGGUAUUGACAUCGCCGUGUUUGACGAUCCUCUUCCUUGUGUGCAUGGGGCGUACAGUUGUCCGAGGUGCGUGUAAGAUACCUUUUUCGUGUUCUGUUUUGAUAUUCCUGAGAAACGGCGAAUCCGCCGGCGAAUUUAGAGGAUACACUCGGUGCAGUUCGUAG